AUCUUGUCAUCUCAUGUGCUGCAACUUCCAACUGCAAGGGUUCGAAUCAGAUAAUACUAAUAAUCAAUCCAUACUCCUUCUUAAAUCCUCAACUUCUCCAACCCUCAUCAGUAAUUAACACUUUGACCAAGUUCGCCGAAAUAGAAUACUUAAAGAUGUAUGGGUACUGACUAAGAUUCUACGAAGCCUCUUAAGGUUAGGAAAGAGGGGCUAGAGGGGCUCCCGGGUUUCUUUUUUUUUUCUCUGGAUUUUUCCCUAAACGUCAACCGAGCGUCAGCACCUGGGCAAAGACCCAUAGAGCUAUCGGUCAAAAUCGGCCGUAUCUGACGGCGACUACCCUACAUAGUACGAAGCAAACUUGGCUUUUGUCCGGCCGCUCUUUGACCCACCUGAACUUUGUACCACUUUUUGCAUCUGGUAAAUUCUACCAUCUCGCCAUUAUUCCUCUAGUCAAUUUCUUCUCUAUUCCAUCCAUGACAAAUCUGUCACCAACAAAGUCAACGAAGUAGACGAACCGAGUCGUCGUAUACCAUUUACAUCUAUAUCGAAAUUUUCUGUAAGAGGCCGAGAUAUAUCGAAAACAUCGAUUCGAGUUUACAGAAUAUCCGUAUCCAAAGCCCUCGAGGGGCCAACCGAGAAAGCAUCAUAGAAAAGAUGCCGCCCAGUUAUUCCAGUCGGCGCGGCCAAGCCGUGAACGUGUCGCAGUUAUUACAGGACCUCAAUAGGGUUCCAGAGCAGCCCCAAGUCUCGGAGGAAAACUUGCGAAGUCUCGAUGAGGAACUUGCUAUGUUCACGAACACCAAUUUCAUCGACUGGGACGCCAAUGAGAGUCAACAACAGCAGCAACGACAGCCGCAGGAAGCGGCUCCUAGCGUCAUAGAGACACAAGUGUCGACUUCGCCUACGGAAGAAGAAUCUAUGGGAGGAGAGCUGGCAGGAUUUGACUUCAAUCUACCAGGCGAUUUCAACGGUUUUGACUUUCAUCCUUAUUCUACGCCAAACGUCUCGGGCUUCUCAGACAAUUUGGGAAACUUGCAACCAAUUCAGCCAUCUCCAACUUUCCCACCCAAUGGCUCGGCUUCCAGCACCUACGGCCAGUCAGUGCCGCAGACGGGGGAGAAGCGUAAAUCUACUGAUCCCGUCGCCCCUCCUCGACGACAGCUUUCCUUUGAGGAGCAGUCGCGUCUAGCCGCGGAAGAGGACAAGCGGAGGCGGAACACGGCCGCCAGCGCAAGGUUUCGCGUUAAGAAGAAGGCUCGUGAGCAAGCACUCGAGAAGCGCGAGAAGGAGCUUAGCGACAAAGUCGGCACACUGGAAGGUCGCAUUCAAACUCUAGAGACGGAGAACAAAUGGUUAAGAGAGCUCGUCAUGGAAAAGACCGGCGGAAACGAAAAUAUCAUCUCCACGUUAUUGGAGAAGCAUAAUGAGAAGACGCCUGGCGCAAAGGAAAAGGAAAGCGAUGCGAAGGCAGAAGCUGAGAAAGCCUCAUAACAUACGCGGCAUAACGAGAUACCUUUCCAUUGUUUGAAACAUUCACGAUGGCGUUCAGGGGUUAUCAAUAUGGACUAUGCGCCAUUGGAGGGGGGCUACGAUUUUGGGGAUAUAUCAUGUCUGAUUUUGAGACCAACUUUUGACGAGGCUUACGGGUCUAAUAUACGAUUUACGGGUAAUGUCCCGGCUACGGUGUAAAAGCUUAUCUGACCUCUCUCUACUUGGUAUAUUUGUGUUGCUGUAAUGUGACACUUCUAUAUUAUUGCUAAUGCAUCGUCUUGCUCUCGGGUAUGACAAUCAAUAUGGUUUUAAGCGAUCGAGGGCGUAUGAGGCUCGAUCAACCAAUGUGUGAUUCACAUACAGUCGGCUUGUCUGGCGUCCUCACCGGCACUUGAUCCGCCACUAACCACCCUGGGCCGAGGGUUUUUGACCCUGCUUACAAAUCUACUAUUAUAUUGCAUACUAUACAGUUUGGGCUUAGUGUUGCGGAUGGUCUUUGACCUGUCUAUCAGUAAACCCGAUUCCUUGAGACCCACCACAGCUGCACGGAAAAGUUGUUGAACAACGAAAGGCAUAUUUGCGGUCAAGGCAAGAUGACAAAUUGGAUAUGUAAAGGCCGCACGGUACCAUUUAAGUACUACAUGU